AGGAGUCUGCCUGCCUCUUGGCCCCUUUCCUGCGGGAGCGGCGGCGGGAAGCAGUGCCUGGUGGAGAGGAACUUACUGCCCAGCAGGAAGUGAGGGCGGCGGGUACUCCCAGGUAGGAGCCGCAGCACGAGGCAGCAGUCCGUCGUUCCCUCCCUGCCCCUCUCACUCGUUCCUUCCGUCCAUCCGAGCCGGGGUGCGGACACCAAUGCCCGCGAUGCUGCUGGACUUCGGGCCCCUCAAGGAGCCAAUCGGCUUCAUCAAGAUCCUCGAGUGGAUAUUUGCAAUUUUCGGAUUUGCAACAUGUGGUGGAUUCAGUGGCAAAACGGCACUGAAUGUGAAAUGCAAAGAUGCCAACGAGACACAGUUAUUUACAGCGAACUUCCAAUAUCCAUUCAGGUUGAACACUGUUUCAAUCAUUCCCAAGAAUACCUGCAAUCAAACUUCAGCCUUCUAUCUGUUGGGAGAUUUUUCAUCUUCGGCUGAGUUUUUUGUUGCAAUUGCAGUAUUGGCCUUUAUCUACUGUACCGCCGCCCUUGUUCUCUAUAUCGGGUAUCUCCACAUCUACCGGGAUGGCAGCCGGGGACCGAUGAUUGAUUUUGUUGUGACUGUUAUUUUUGCCUUCUUGUGGUUGGUCUCCUCUUCGGCUUGGGGGAAAGGUCUGACUGAUCUGAAAUACUCUACAAACCCAGAAAACAUCAUAAAGAAUAUUGCAUUAUGCAAAGAACUGAAUCAAUGUACUCCAGGAGGCAUAUCUGGUGUGGGAAGCUUGAAUGUUUCUGUGGUGUUUGGUUUCCUCAAUGUGAUCCUGUGGUGUGGAAACGCAUGGUUUGUGUACAAGGAAACCAGUUGGCAUACUCCACCACAACCUCAGCAGGAUCCAGCAAAUGUGGCACCACCACCACAAAACCCAUAAUUCUGCAGAUGGAAAUUUGUUGAGGCAUGUGUUUCUAAACUCACCACAGCAUACAGUAGGUUCCAUAAUCACUCAUAACACUGCAUAAGCUUAAUGGGAAAAUGCAUCUGUUGUAUUUGCUAUUUGUGCUGUUGUGUCAUAUGCCUUUUUGAUACGUUGGGGAGAAAAAAAAUGAAUGUGUGUAGUCCUAUUGAAGUUGGGGUUUACAAUGAAAGAAUGUGCAGACAUUGUCAGUGAUAAUGUCAAUAAUGUUACACCACACAUGUAACACAGUGAAGCCCUUUCAAGAUCCAUCUAAUAUGCCAGCUAUUUUCUUCCUUGGUUGGUGUUUGCAGAGUUUUUAUCAUGCACACUUAGGACUUGUAAUGAUCAGUAACUGACUACCUGCCAAAUUCAGUGUUCUCCUAUCUCAAGAAAUAUAAAAGACUUAGCUUGCAUAUUUACAAGCCCUUAUGGAUUACACAGAACAGCAGAUUUCUCUUAAGUCUCUUUCAACUGAGGAAAAAGUUCGACUUUCUGUUUUUAAGGUUAUCUUUCAAUGGUUAGUCUCUGACUACUUCAACUAUAUUGUACUGAAUGAAGAUAGCUUGGUAUGUGAGUGAAAUUGAUCUUUAAUGGGCUGUGCUGUGUUACUCAAUUCAAGCCAUUGCAAUGAGAAAUAUUUUUACUACAAUACUGAAAAGUUAUCUUUUUUUGUUGCUUUGUCUACUUUCUUGUACAGAAAUUAUGGAAAGUGUUAAAGAAAUUAUUUUUUGUCCAAAUCUGCAUUGCUUUUUUGACAGGGGUGUUAAAUCAUUAAGUUUCCUUGGUGCAGUACUUGAUAAUAAAUAGCACUUUCUCAAGUUUAAUGUAGUCUUGCUUUGGGCUUGCUUGAUUUGGGGUUUUUCUGUUUAGUAAAGCGAAAAUCCUAAUUGUCAUCAUGAUCCACUUUCAUUGUAAAUUACGUGCCUUAUAAAAUGAAAGUCAUUUGGUUAAGCUUGAAAAUGUAUACCUAUCCAAAUCCUUGCUUGCUUUCUCUCAGUCCUGAAUUUUUUAUUUGCUGGUGCUGUUACUCCUUGGUUAAGAGCUGAUGGCAAGUUGUGGUAAAGAACCAAAUGUAUUUGAGCUUUCUUUUUAUAUCUACAUACGCACACUGCCUCUUUUUUGAAUUUUUUUUUGGAACUGUGCUUUUCUGUUAAUUCUCUGCUUCGUUAGAAGCUUAUGAAGGAGGCAGCAGAAAAGGAGGAAAAAAAACGUGAUUCGCCUCAUAGCAAUUGUCAAAUUUAUUCAUGUAAGAAUUCCAGAUUUUCACCGAAGUCCCAAGUGCCUUUUCCUUAUCAGACACUGGCUUGUGUUUUUGAAAAUGGAAUUCUCAGAACUGUCCGUGUAUUUAGUUGGUGCUGCUGUAAGACAUACCAUCAGCUUAAAGCUGCGUCAAGUAUUUUGCCAAACUUGAUGAAUGCUUUGGCCUCAUGAGACGGUCUGUUCAAUUUUAAAGGCCUCUGUUUAAGAAUUCAGGAAACACAAAUAAAAGAUUUUCUGUUGACAUAAA